GGGCUAGGGUUUUGCUACUCUCUUCUUCACACACACUUUGUUAGGCGUCGAAACAACGCUGUCCGAAUCAUAUCUUCGAUUCUGAUUUUUAUUCUUCCUUCAUGAAUACGUAUAGUCACUAAGGGUUUCUUCAUCCUCCAAAAAAGAAACAAAUUCCUCAAAAAAAAAUAAUAAUAACCCGACUAGUUGGUUUCUCGAUUGAUUAAUGGCGACCGUGAACCCUUUCGAUCUCUUGGACGAUGACACAGAGGACCUCCACAAGCUCGUGGCGGCUAAGCCAUUGAAGUCUGAGAAAACAGCUCCGGUUCAGCUUGGUAAGCUGCCGACUAAGCCGCUUCCUCCUUCUCAAGCUGUGAGGGAGGGAAAGAACGGACCUGGAGGAGGAGGUCGCGGUGGUGGUGGACAUGGUAGGAGCGGUGGAUUCAACAGGGAGCCCAGGAACAAUGAUGGUCCUGCUAAUGAAAACGGAUAUGUUGGAGGCUACAGACGCUCUGAGGAAGGAGAUGGAGCGAGACGUGGUGGGUCUGUGGGUGGAUACCGUGGCCGUGGUGGUCGACGUGGAGGCUUCAACAGUGGAGAGUCGGGUGACUUUGAACGCCCACGUAGGAACUUUGACCGCCAGAGUGGAACAGGUCACGGAAAUGGGUUUAAACGCGAUGGAGCUGGCCGUGGCAACUGGGGAACCAAUGAAGAUGAAAUUCCUCCAGUAACUGAAGAAUCCGCAGCAGUGGUGGAGAAGAGUUUGGCUGCUGAGAAGGAAGGUGAAGCAACUGAUGCUAACAAAGAGACACCUGUUGAAGAGAAAGCAGAGCCCGAGGACAAGGAGAUGACUCUGGAAGAGUAUGAGAAGGUUUUGGAGGAGAAGAGGAAAGCUCUACAGGCAACAAAGAUUGAGGAGAGGAAGGUUGACACAAAAGUGUUUGAGACCAUGCAACAGCUCUCAAACAAAAAGAGCAACAACGAUGAGGUCUUCAUCAAACUGGGAACAGAGAAGGACAAGCGCCCAGUUGAGAAAGAGGAGAAGACCAAGAAGUCGUUGAGCAUAAAUGAGUUUCUGAAACCUGCGAAUGGAGAGAGGUACAGAGGUGGUUACCGUGGUGGAAGGGAAGGACGUGGAGGUCGUGGACCAAGAGAAGGAGCUGAAGGAAGAGGUCGUGGACCAAGAGGAGCCGAUGGAGGAGAAAACCAGAGGGCUGCUGCACCAAAAAGGGUCGCUCCUGCACCAAAAAUUGAAGACGCCGCACAGUUCCCUACUCUGGGAAAGUGAAGGCUCUCUUCUGUCUUGGUCCUUUUCAGCCUCUGGUCUUUGUUUUUGUAAUCUCUCUCACCUGGUUUGGAUUUUGUUCUUCUGAUUAUGUUGCUAUUGUUAUACCCUUCGUUUUGUUCUACGAACCCAAUUUUGGGAGUUUUUAAUAUUAAGUUAAAUGAGGCAGAAAGAAGAAUCCAUUCUUCGACCAA